UGCGCAUGCGUGUCAGUAGCGUUAGCAGCGGACCCGGCUGGCAGUUCCUUCCCGGGAAGGAGAGAUUCCUCUGCCAUGGAAUCCUACGAUGUGAUCGCCAACCAGCCUGUCGUGAUCGACAAUGGAUCCGGCGUCAUUAAGGCUGGCUUCGCUGGUGAUCAAAUCCCCAAAUACGGCUUUCCAAACUAUGUGGGCAGACCCAAGCAUGUCCGUGUCAUGGCAGGAGCCCUCGAAGGGGAUAUCUUCAUUGGCCCCAAAGCCGAGGAGCACCGAGGGCUGCUCUCGAUCCGCUACCCCAUGGAACACGGCAUCGUCAAGGACUGGAACGACAUGGAGCGCAUCUGGCAAUACGUCUAUUCUAAGGACCAGCUGCAGACUUUCUCAGAGGAGCAUCCUGUGCUCCUGACUGAAGCGCCUUUAAACCCACGGAAAAACCGGGAACGAGCUGCUGAAGUUUUCUUCGAGACCUUCAAUGUCCCGGCUCUUUUCAUCUCCAUGCAAGCUGUGCUUAGCCUUUACGCCACAGGCAGGACCACGGGCGUGGUGCUGGAUUCUGGGGAUGGCGUCACCCACGCCGUGCCCAUUUAUGAGGGCUUCGCCAUGCCCCACUCCAUCAUGCGCAUCGACAUCGCGGGCCGGGACGUCUCCCGCUUCCUUCGCCUCUACCUGCGUAAGGAGGGCUACGAUUUCCACUCAUCCUCUGAGUUCGAGAUUGUCAAGGCCAUAAAAGAAAGAGCCUGCUACCUCUCCAUAAACCCCCAGAAAGACGAGACACUGGAGACAGAGAAGGCUCAGUACUACCUGCCCGAUGGCAGCACCAUUGAGAUUGGUCCUUCCCGAUUCCGUGCCCCUGAGCUGCUGUUCAGGCCAGACUUGAUCGGCGAGGAGAGCGAGGGCAUCCACGAGGUCUUGGUGUUUGCCAUCCAAAAGUCCGACAUGGACCUGCGGCGUACACUCUUCUCCAACAUCGUCCUGUCGGGAGGCUCCACCCUGUUCAAAGGUUUUGGUGACAGGCUACUGAGUGAAGUGAAGAAACUGGCCCCAAAAGACGUGAAGAUCAGGAUAUCUGCGCCUCAGGAGAGACUGUAUUCCACGUGGAUCGGCGGCUCUAUCCUGGCCUCCCUGGAUACCUUUAAGAAGAUGUGGGUCUCCAAGAAGGAAUACGAGGAAGACGGUGCCCGGUCCAUCCACAGGAAAACCUUCUAAUGCUGGGACAUCGUCUUCACCUCUCUCUGAAGUUAACUCCACUUUAAAACUCGCUUUCUUGAGUCGGAGUGUUUGCAAGGAACUGCCUAUGUGUGUGAGUGCGUGUGUGGGUACGAGUGCGCAUAUGCGACUGCCAUGUGGCCCAGGGGUACCUGGGCCCAGAAAGGACGAUGAACGACCCACGCUGGCGAUGGUCUGAGGCCCGGGGUUGACCACUAACGGCCCUGACAGGGACAAGCGCUGGCAGAGGCCCCACUCCUUCCUCGGCGGGGCCUUCGGCUGUAUGGGACUGUGUCUGCUACCACCGGGAGACCUUGCUGCUGCCCAUCCUAGGCUGGGCCGGCCCCACCCCAUCCCCAGCCCCCAGGGUGCCCUGAGGCCCAAGGCAGCGGCGCCUCCCCUUGCUCAUCAUCCUGCUGUCCAUGCCUCCUGGUCGUGGUCCCGGGGCUGGGGCCGGGGCGGGGCUGGGACUGGGGCUGGGGCUGAGGCGAGCUAGUCUGCUUUUGUUGCAGUUUCUGUUUGGAGGGUUGGAAGAACACUCCGAGAGCCGUUACGGGGACCCUGGGGUCAGCAGAGAGCAGAGUGCCCUUAUGUCCACCUGGGUACCAGGACCAGAGCGGGCAUUUGUGGAGGACAGGAAUAGCACUACUUAUGAUUGGCUGCAGAGUUCAUGCUCCCAUCCAGGGCGCUUGGGAGAGCUGAAGGAGUCUGUUGGCUCCAAGUCCUGUUCUUUGCUUUUUCUCCAUCCUUGUUUCAUGCCAUCUUCAACAGUUUUAUUUAUUGCAGUGUUUGUUCAGCAAGGAGACUGGGGGGGGGGCCUCACCCCUGCUCACUAGUCACCGUGUUCACACUAAUGUUUACACACCUGAGCUAGCGCAGCUUCCCGGGCCCUGGACAGCCUGCUGCUGCGGCACGGUAUCCGUAGGCCUCAGGGCCAUGUGGGGUUGGAAGCUGCACUCAGGUGCUCCGUCCAGCCUCAUUCAUUCUCCCUGUUCCACUUGCUUGCCACCCUGGAAUCAACAGGCUGGCUGCUGGCUGCAUCUUAUAAAAAGAGAUAGAACCACUCCUCAGCAGAGGUCCUAGCAAAGGAGAGGUGUCAGAGAUCCAGUCCCCUUAGGACGGGAGAAAGCCGCAGUUAACCAAGUUGCCUUUUGCCGUGCCAGCUGACCAGGGGGCCAGGUUGUAGAGGUGGGGAGCCUCCCUCUGAGCUGAUCUUGUGCCAUUCUGGACUUGGGGCCUGUUUGGUUAGGGAGGGAGGAGGCCAGACCAGAGUGCCAGGAGCCGAUGGGCUCAGGCCUGGUUCCUAGCAGUGGUCCAAAGGCCCUUUGGCCCAGUUGCUACAAAUCUGGGCUGGCCUGUCUUCAUCGGCACCUUCACCCAUGACACCAAGACCCACCCUGGUCCCAGAUUCCAGUCAGUAUUCUCCCUCACGCCGUCCUAUGACCAAAGGCCCCUGCCAGAUGUGGGCCGUAGCAGCAGGUGUGUGUGAAAGCAGUGUGGCGAGCCGCGGACUGCAGUGCGCUUAACCAGCUCACUCCUUCUCUUAGCCCAAGCCUGUCCCUCGCACAGCCUCGCACAAACCACGUUGCCUGGUGGGGCCCAGUGUACUUAAAUAAAGUCGUUCCGAGAGA